AUGCAGUUCUUCAAGAUCGCCUCUCUCCUGGCUGCCGCCGUUCUGGCCACCGCCGAGAACACCAUCACCUUCAUUUCUCAGGAUGAUGAUUACCGCACUCUCUACUUCACCGGCAACCCCGGCAUGACGGAGAUCAAGCCUGUCCAGGUCCAGGGCCUCACGAACGUCACGGUCGACAUUCCUUACCAGUGGAUUGGUAACUUUUUCGCCGUCGUCGAUGGCCAGCCGGUGGUCCCUGGCAUGCUCGGCGAGGUUGCCUUCAAUUCCUGGAACGGCAUCACCUUCUUCGACGUUUCGGCCAUCGUCAACCCCUCUGAUCACGUCGGUGUCAAGGUUAUGUGGCCCGUCGACAGCCCCGAGCCUUUCUCGGGCUGCGACCUCUUUCCCUGCAACUUUGCCUACUAUGCGCCCAACGACGUCCAGACCCGUGCCACCCACGGCUCUGACCUCUACUGCACCCUCGGCACCAGCCCCCACGAUUUGCUGGCUUCGCGCUCUCUCUCCGAGGAGACUCUUGACGCGCCUGUCUUUGCCCGGGAUUUCGUUCAGGGCCGGUGGGCCUCCAAGAACUAA